AUGAUUGUUGGACUCCUCAUUCAUCACGACGCUAUGAGAAUUCGAGCCCGAAGUCCGUAUGUGAUUAUCACUGCGAUCAUCGUGGGCGGAUAUGCACGUAUUUGGGUUGCGACAGUGUCUGACUAUGGUAUCGUAAAGAGACCACACCAAGCACCACAAAAGCCAAUGCGACGUCCGCUCUACCCCCUGGCAUCACGCUUCCGCCAACGCAUGCGCCAGUUCCCGACCGCUCAUAUACCAGCCUUGCUGUCCGAGUUCUCUCACAUUCCUGCUAGCGCCUUGAACUGCUGGGAUGCGCAUGCAAAUUACAGCACGUCCAGCAGCUUCCUCUCGAAACAGAUCUGGGAUGCCGUCGCUGUCAGCUACAGCGCAUAUCCUCCAGGCUACGUUUCCCUGUCCACUUAUAUGAACUCAUACUACAACUGCAGCACGAAGGCCCUUCCCACUUUGAUCACAUUAUUGUGCAGCCAACUCAAAGAUGCCUACAGUUGGCGCGUCACACAUUUGCAAUCGCAGGUCCCGAUGCAAACAGGAUCGAUACUCGCACCAGGUUGUAGUGUUCUCAACGCACCCGCUCCUGACGCAACCCCAAGAUGUUACCUCGAAGGCGGCUCAUGGGAAGCUUCGUAUUGGCCCUCAGCUCUCCCAACCAACUCUGCGCUGUGCAGUGUCAAUGAGACUACUAUCACCGCGACACCCACGAGAACUGCGCAGCCCGUGACCGCUAUAGUAUCAGGAUUUAUCCUAACCAGUCCCAGUGUUUACAAUUUCGUUCGCAACGCCGCGCUACAAACGUUCAUCGGCUGUGCAUCAUUCAUUGGCGACCCAGAAAGUCUUGGGGAUGACGUCUUUGCGCCAUCUACAACAGCAUCUCUCCUGACCGUCAGACAGCUGGAAGGGGAUAUCGUGACCAUAUCGCAUAGCUGCGCUGGUUCGGGCAAAGGUCGCUACUGCACUUGGCGCGCCUCGGCUGGUUACUUCUCCGUGGUUGACCUGGCUACCGUGCGCGCGAAUGAGUACUGCCGACCGUACGGCUGUUAUGAAAGCGAGACUAUCUUGCAAGACGAGUACACGCCAACUGCGGCACUCGCGAUGACCGACAUCGUGACGCAGAAUGGGGUCUACACAGACUGCGCGUGGACUACCCCCGGGAGGAGAGUUCGGACAGCGGGGCCUGCGGCUUGA